CUUGGAUUCGAACUGGCAUGGCCUCGAUCUCGUCUCGCCGUUUGCGCAAAGAACUCAGUGAAAUACAGACAGAAGGAUGUCCAACAGGCAUCACACUACUCAGCGCUGACAACUUUGAGACGUGGUACUUCUCCAUAGAAAUUCUGGGGGAAAGUUUAUACCAGGGGGAGGUAUUCAAGCUCAUGUUUCGCUUUGACCCAAGCUACCCUAUCUCGGCGCCUGCUGUCCAGUUCGUCGUCAACCAGGAGUCAACGGCACCUGUGCAUCCGCAUGUAUACUCCAAUGGACAUAUUUGUGCUUCUAUCCUUGGAACCGAAUGGUCACCAGUUCUGAGUGUUUCUGCUGUGUGUGUAACCCUGCAGAGUAUGCUUGCAUCGUGUAAAUCGAAGGAACGUCCUGUAGAUAACGACAGGUACGUACGGUACGCACCCGAAAAUCCAAAGAAGACUCGUUUCCACUACGAUGAUGAUACGGUGUAGUAGUAGUGUUAGUUGUUGUUGGAUGUAUCUUGGGCCUAAAGGCAGAUGUUGUACCACCAAAGGGAUCGUCGAGGCAACGCAAGGAGUCAUAUUCCAGUUCUUUGGGUCUAUUCAUGGGAUUUUCGCUAUGAAGUUAUGGAGCUUAGACCUCACAGAUGACGCUUGUAGACUCCAUGAUUGCAUGCUUGAUUUCCACGAGUCCUGCUAAGUCCUGCC